GGCGCAAUGCUGCCCAACCCCCGCACAGCUCACUGAAAUGGCUCGGAAACUUGACUCGCCAUUAUCCAGGAGGCAAAACAGCGGCUACUCUAACUGAAAUUGAGAGGUAUCUCUUGCACCGGGAAGAACCGAAACUCGGUCCCCAAGACACCGCAGGCAAAACCUUCCGGGUCUGGUGCACAGGAAGCCUCUCACCCCGGCCCGGCCAAAGACCGUCCGGUGGGGUCGCUGCAGCGAUGGGGACGGCCACAGGCGCCGGCUACUUCCAGAGGGGCAGCUUGUUCUGGUUCACAGUCAUCACCGUCUCCUUCGGCUACUACACGUGGGUUGUCUUCUGGCCUCAGAGUAUCCCUUAUCAGAGCCUUGGGCCCCUGGGUCCCUUCACAAAGUACUUGGUGGACCACCAUCACACCUUCCUAAGGAACGGGUAUUGGCUUGCUUGGCUAAUUCAUGUCGGGGAGUCCUUGUAUGCCUUGGUAUUAUGCAAGCGUAAAGGAAUCACAGAUUGCCAGGCCCGGCUCUUCUGGUUUCUACAGACUUUUCUGUUUGGUAUAGCCUCUCUCUCCAUCCUGCUUGCUUACAGACCAAAGCGCCAAAAACACAACUAAAGGAGAGAGCAGGAUUUCCUCUCCACUUCUUCAAGCCCUCCUUCCAGUGGGCCCUGAGUUCCAUGAUGACCUCUUUGUCUUCUAGGCAGUGUCUGUCAUAGAAACCUGUCUGAGACCCUCUAGUUACUAUUAUUUUGGUGCUCUGACCAGCCUUAGAUAGACCUUUCUUGUUUAAGAAAGAAAUAAGAAAGACCCUGCCCUUCCAGCUCUACAGCCCUCCUUCCUGAAGAAGGCCUCAGGCUACUUUCCUGAGGUCCUUAGCUGAGCCAUUCCCCUGCCUUUGUUUGUGGGUCCACCUUUGCUCCAUGGGGUGCUUUGAAUAUGCUUGGCCCACAGGAAGUGGCACUGUUAGGAGGUGUGGCUUUAUUGGAGAAGGAGGUGUGGCCUUGUUAGAGGAAAUGUGUCACUGUGGAGGCCAAACUCUGAGGCCUCACACAUUUGCUCAAGUCUGGCCAGUGUGAACUGGUCUCCUCCUGCUGCCUUCAGAUGGAGAUGUAGAACUCUCGGCCCCUUCUCCAGCACCAAGUCUGCCGGACACUGCUGCCAUGCUUCCUUCCAUGAUGAUAACGAGCCGAACCUCUGAAACUAUAAACCAGCCCAAUUAAAUGUUCUCCUUUGUAAGA